GUGGCUAGUACAUCCAUUCUUUCCUAAGUAUACGAGUUCCAAAAAUACGAAUAUUCAUUCUGUUUGUGGUAUUAAGAGGAUUAAUUGAGGAAUUUUUCUAAUUACAUCGUGAUUAAUUAGAUUCUUAAUUUUCUGUCUAUCCCAUGAAAAUAUCUCCAAAAUUACGUACAUAAAUAUUUAAAAAUUCAACUUGAUGGAUCGGAGCCCUUGCUCAAAUAGUAUUUAAUUUCUUACGAACAAUAUUCAAAGUUGUAUCAGUAUUAUACUCGAAUACACGUGUUCUGCUAGGUUUUAAUAUUGAAACGUUAAACAAGAUGUUUACGCCAGAAAAGAUAAGAAAACAGUUAAAAGGUUUGUUAUUAUUGAAACGUAGUGGUGAAUUAGACACUGUGGAGAAUCUUUCUAACUCGAAUAACAAAUAUUGGAGAAAUUCUGUCACGUACGAUGAUUUGGAACAUUAUGUUCAUCAUUAUGACGAGGAGAUAAAACUGAAUACACUAGCCCUUGUAGCAGAAUCUAAAAAGAGCACUUUAAAAUUUAUGUCUAAAGAGCUCGAUACAGUCAUCUUAUUUUUACGUGUCAAUUUUAAAGAAAACAUAGAGUUUGUUCCUCUGAUAAAGAAGGUUUUAAAGCGAAUGAAAGACAGUUUGGCUGUCAUGAGACGACAGUAUGUGCAAGAGAAAAAAAUGAGGAAUCAUUAUAUAAAAAACCAUACUUCAUCAGAGAUAAAGCAAGAAGUGCUAGAUGAAUCACAUAGAAUAUCAUGCAAUUUAGAGAGUGAUAUUAAUAUGUAUUGUGAUAAAUUUCAAUCACUACGAUGUAUGUGUAUAUGUUCUCCUGAUGCAACUUAUAAUAGAAGACGAUGCUCUCUACAGAUAUUACUCUUAAUGAGAGAUUUGUUAGAUGAUGAAUUUAAACAUGUUACUUGGAAAGCUGAACAGUUGGAAGCGAUAUUUAAUUUAAUGUUAUUAGAUACAUACGAAGGAAAUAAAUUAAUGGCUUUCAAUUUAAUAAAAUCAGUAGAUCCAAAUUUGUUACAGUUAAAUAAUGAAAGUUAUGUUAAUGAAAUUAUCAUGGUUGCUAUUGAAUUAGGUAACAGCUUAAGACCCAUUGAUACUAUUACAGCUGCAUACAUGCUGAAAGUUAGUAUAUUGUCACCUGUUGUACAUAAAGUACUUGAAACACACUUAGGUUCAAUGACACAAUUUGAAGAUAUAAAAGAAGCAACGGUAUUGCAACUGAUACUAAUUUUGUUGAAAAAAUUGAAGGAUUCUUUGAUUCUAGCAAAAGAGAAUAUUGUGAAAACUGUUAUUAAACAUUCUUUAUAUGGUUAUCUUUUCUGUAUCAGAAGUUUGUUACAUGAAUGUAACUUGAAGAAUGUUGGGAAAGAACAUUUGUGGCAGAAAACUAUAGCAGAAUUAGUGUUUAUGUCUUUUGAAUUCAGUCAUGCUGUUUCUUUAAUAGUGAAUAAUUCUUCACCUGAGGGACAUUUACCAAUGGACUUGAAUUUACUACCUGUUAAUGAAAUUUGUAAUUCUGUACCUGAUAAACAAAUAGUAACACCACAAAUGGUGCUGCUUUGUUCUUGGCGUACUAUAAAGGAAGUCAGUUUAUUGUUUGGUUUGCUUUCUACUAAAGCACCUAUAUGUGAAGAGAGUGCUUCCAUAGAACUGUUAAAUAAAGAGCAAAUUACCAAAAUAGGAGAACACUUUGUUUCAUUGCUUACUGAAACAAAACAUAGAGGAGCAUUUGAACAAGCUCAUGUAGGAUUCAGUCAAUUAUGUUCUCAACUAUGGCGUUCAGAUAAAGUAGAUCUGAAUCAAUUACCUACAUUAUGGUUGUAUCAGAUCUUGAUUUCGAUCACGGGAAUUAAAGAGAACUCAAAAUUGUGUGCAACUAGAAGAAGUGCUGGUGUACCAUUUAUGGUACAGGCUUUACUAUCUACAGAACCUCGUCAGUACAAAGAUACAAAGACUACAAUUUUUGAUUUAGUGAUGAAAAUUCUAUUAGGAUUUACGCAACUAGAAAGUGAUAAUUUACGGAAACAAAUAUUACAGUUAAUAUACUCAAACUCUAUCUUUACACAUUAUGGAAAUUCACUUAUAGCAUUGAAGUAUAAUCAUGAUUAUUCUACAAAUGUUGCUCAAAUUACAGAAAUCAAAACACAUACUCUAAAUAUUUUAAGAGCUAUUUUUCGACAUUCUCAUCUUGCAGAUGUAGUAAAUAGUUAUGUCGAAGGUGGUUUAAUAGCAGCAUUUAGAAGUUACGAUGCCGUAACAUGGGCGGAAAGAAAUGCAGCAGCAUUACUUUUUAGUGCACUCAUUAUUAGAAUUUUUGGUGUUCAAAGAACAAAAGACCAUAUCAAUCUUACUACAGAUAAUAAAAUGAAUUACAAAACAUUUUUUGAAAAAUAUCCUAAUCUCUUAUCUUUCAUUCUGAAUGAAUUGCAAACAUUUGUAGCAAUGGAUGAUACUCUUAUAAAAACCAAUAUACAAUCGAUUUUACUGUUACUAUCACGAUUAUAUUAUAAUCCGGAACCUAGCGAUGUCCAGUGGAAGAUUAAUGAUCUCGUAGAUGUAAUUAUACAAUGUGCAAAAAGUACAAUAUUCGAAACACGGAAAUUAGCAGCCAGAGCACUUGUGCCUUUAUUGACAGAACAAUCUAUUCAAUGUGUUUUAACGAAAAUAAUUAAGAAUAUAGUAUCUAUAAAGGCUAAUCAUUCAUCUUUAAAUUUAAUACAUGGCUAUAUGUUGCAAAUAUAUGAAAUACUGAUGCAUUUUAACUUUAAAUCGUUUGAAUCGAUUGAUGUAAGUUGGUGUGAGUUUUUGAAACAAACAAUUUGGAUCAUAAAAAAUCUGGAGCGAAAAAAUUCAAAAUCACCAAGUUUUUUAUUGGCCGCAGUUUAUGUAAAUGUUUGUAAUGAAAUAUGUAAAGUAGAUAAAACAUACAUGACACAAUUGACUCCGAUGAUAUAUACGAUAAUUUUUCAUUUAUUGGAUGAAAAAUUGAAACGAGGGCCUGCACGAGAACUCUAUAAAUUAUCAGUAAUUAAAUUUUUUCGAUUAAUAGCGAAAAGAACUUCAAUAAUUCAACAAUCCAUACUAAUUAGAAUAUACUUGCAUAAUUUAAAAGUUCCUGAAAUGCAAAUUGCUGUGUGGUCAAUUAUUCCAGAAAUCAUUAAUGAAGUGAAAUAUAGUGAUGCAUUAGUACCAUUAUUAAAUUAUACUUUCAAUGAAAUUCGCAGCUCCAUACACUGUUUUCAUAAAUAUAGUCCAGAAUUGCAAGAUUCAAUGUUUAAUUUCCUAUAUAAUAGCCUAAUGUGCAUUAAUGAAGUUGAAUCAUCUGAUUUCAUGAGAAGAAUGGAUGUUUGUAAAUUUGUGUUGAAUGAAAUACGUUUAAAGAAUAAUAAAAAUGGCUAUUAUGAGAGAGAUUGCUACUUAAGAUUAUUGGGAAAAUCAUAUGUAACUUUAGCUUCUUUAAAUAAGUAUGAAGAAGUAAUUAAUUUGGAAUGUACAAACGAUGUAUACAAUAGUUUCUGUGAUUAUUUAUGGAUCGCAAAUUUGGACAGAGAUUUUAGAAAGUCUGUAUUUGAAAUAAUGAAGAAUCUCUUUCUAGCAUGUUACAAACGAGAGGAAUAUCAAUAUGUACAGAUUCAAUGGUGGACUACAGUAUUGCAAUUGUUAUUAAAUAAUAAUUCCAAAGUGCGAUACGAAGCAUUUUUGUUGAUUGAUCAUCUACCAGUACAAUGUACAAUGAUUAAUGAUUGUUCACAUUUGAAUUUAUUACUUUCCAAAUUCUUUCAAUGCAAUGUACGUAAUACACAUCCUGAAUGUAUGUGUAUUGCACUGUUUUAUUGGAGUAUUGCAUUAUUAGAUAACAUAGAUUAUGAAAUGGAUGAUACAGAUGUGUUCAACAAAUGUACAAAUUAUGAUUUCUUUGAACCUGUGGAAGUAUCAAGGAUAUGUGCUGAAUUUUUAAUAGAAAAUAUGAAGCCUUAUAUGGAUAUUAUACUGCCAGAUGAAACUAUAGAUUGGAUAAAUUCACUUUUGAAUGUCGAGUUUCAAAAAUCCAUCUCAUUUAGAACGCUUAUAAGAAAUUAUGAAAGUUAUGUGCCCAUCCUUGAAAAUAAACUACACGAUAUUUUAAAUCCAACUUAUAGGAAUAAAUUAUUGCAAAUUUUAUCAUACGAACAGUACAAAGGCAUAAAGUGUACCUACAAUACGUCUACAUAAAAUAAAUCGAAUAUUUUCAUAUGAAA